AGACUGCAAAGAAAUGGCUGAGUCUGCAGCGAGUCAGUGUGAGGAUCAGUUCAUCUGUUCAGUCUGUUUGGAUCGGCUGAAGGAGCCGGUGACGAUUCCCUGUGGACACAGUUACUGUAUGAGCUGUAUUACUGACUGCUGGGAGCAGAAGGAGCAGGAGCCGCCGUACAGCUGUCCCCAAUGCAGAGAGAGCUUCAGUCAGAGACCUCUACUGAAGAAGAACACUCUGAUAGCGGAGAUGAUGGAGACGCUGCAGCAGAAGACGUCUCUACAAACGGCUGCUGUGGAGUGUGAUGUUUGCACUACAGAGAAGAGCAGAGCUGUAAAGUCCUGUCUGCAGUGCUUGGCCUCCUUCUGUCAAACUCACCUGCAGCUUCACUAUCAAUCUCCUGCGUUUAUGAAACACAAACUAGUCGAUGCGUCCAGAAACAUUCAGGAGAACAUCUGCCUCAGUCAUAAAAAACCUCUGGAUAUUUACUGUCAGGAUGACGGUCAAUGUGUUUGUUAUUUGUGUAUGAUUGAUAACCAUGCUGGCCACAGAGUGGUGUCUGUGGAUUCAGAAUGGACUAGUAAAAAGAAAGAGUUAAUGGAGAAAAAGGCUGUAUGUCAAAAGCUAAUCGAGGAGCGUGAGAGAGGUCAGCAAGAUCUCAGUGAAGCUGUGAAGUUCUUUAAAAGUUCAGCAGAAGAGGCCGAGGAGAACAUUGAGAAGGUCAUCACUGAGCUCAUCUGCUCUCUGGAGAAGAAACGCUCUGAGAUUAAAGAGCAGAUUAGAGAUCAGGAGAAGACUGAGACAGAUCGAGCAGAGGAACUUCACAAACAUCUGGAUCAAGAGCUGACAGAACUCAGAAAAACACAAACAGAGAUUGAGAAACUUCUGAUUACUGAUGAUCAGAUCCAUUGUCUGAAGAGCUAUCAGUCUGUGUGUGUUUUACCCACAUUUGAAGACGUUCCCAGCUUCACUCAACACACUCAUCUGUCUUUUAAAGACAUUUCAAUCUCAGCAUUCAGAGAGGUUUUGGAGGACGUCUGUCAACAGCAAACAGACAGAAUAUCUCGAGAAGUGUCAUGUGUUCAUGUUGUAAAGCCUUUAGAGCCAAAGACUCCAGAUGAUUUUUUGCAGUAUUUCUGUCAACUUCGCCUGGAUCCCAACACUGCACACAAAAACCUCAAACUGUCAGAAGAUAACAGGAAAAUAUCAUAUUCAGAAGUAGUCCAGCAAUAUCCUGAUCACCCAGAGCGAUUUGAUAAGUUUCCAUACAUCAUGUGUAGAGAGGAAUUGUGCGGUCGCUGUUACUGGGAGGUUGAGUGCAGUGGUAAAGACUGGGCUGUAGCAGUUUGUUACAAAGGAUUUGGUCGUAAAGGAAACAGUGAUGACUGUAGGCUUGGCUCCAACAAAAUAUCCUGGAGAUUGUCCCACAACCGUUUCAUUCAUGACAAUAAACAAGUCCCAAUCCCUGCUCUCCCCUCCUCUAGAAUAGGAGUGUAUCUAGAUCACAAAGCAGGAACUCUGUCCUUCUACAGCGUCUCUGACACAAUGACUCUCCUGCACAGAGUCCAGACCACAUUCACUGAACCUCUCUACCCUGCAUUUUAUACUAAUAUUAAUACAUCUGUCAGGAUCAUAGAGCAGAGCAGAGGAGAGCUUAGGUAGACUGUUGAUUACAAUUUAGAUUUUGAAUUCUUAAAGUAAGUAUGUAAAAAUAAUUUA